AUGGUAGCUAUCACAUUGCGGAGAUGCUCUCUUGCAUCUCCUGAUGAUGAAAUCAUCACCAAAUUGUGCCGAGAUGUAAUUAACAUUGGAAGAGCCAGACAACUCAGUGAUAAAGAUUUGCUAGAUAAUGAAGACAAGAGUGAUGUAAAGGUAAGAAUAUCUCCAUCUUCCUUAAUCUUCACAUUCUGGACUAUUUUAUAUUCUGCCUGUUUUAAUUUCUUAAAAUCUAAUAAGCAUCCUGUAUCCCAGAUCUAUCACUUUGUCAUUUUCAAUAAUACCCAGGAGAUAUCCUCAGUAGCACAAGUAUCCAAACUCUACCAGAUGUUACUUUUUACAAGACGCUCAAAAUGUCCUAAAAUUACUGCAUGUUCUGGUGACUGGAUUGAAGUAGAAGAGAAGUGUUUCUAUUUUUCUAAUGAUACCAAGAAUUGGCCAGAUAGUAAAAAAAUGUGUGAUUCACAUGGAUCAGAACUCGCUCAGGUUGAUACACAAAAGGAUAUGGAUUUUUUGAAGAACCGCACGGGAACUUUUAUGCACUGGAUUGGAUUAAGCAGAAAACCAGGACAUUCUUGGAAAUGGACAAAUGGAACAACAUUCAAUUCUUGGUUUGAAAUUACAGGAAAUGGAUCCUUUGCUUUUCUGAAUGCUGAUGGUGUCCAUAGUUCAAGGGGAUUUGUUGAUUUAAAGUGGAUUUGCAGCAAACCUAAAUAUUUAUAA